AUGAGGAACGCGAUUGAUUUGGCCGGCUAUACACUUUCGCUGCACAAUCAGCUUGAAACAGCGAGAGUCGACCGUGAACUGCGCGAUUUGACCAGUAGCUUGAAACGGUUGCAGGAAGACAACAUGAAUGACAGCGCCGCAGUCAAAGUUAUUACAUUCGUGUCGGCAAUCUACUUACCAGGCUCUUUCAUCGUCAGCUUAUAUGGAAUGAAUUUCUUCGUCUUCGAUGAGGACUUACGCCAAAUUGUUAUUGCCAAGGACUUCUGGGUGUUCCUCGCCACCUGGCUACCGCUGACCCUGGUCACAGGGUUGAUAUAUGUGUUGAUUGUAUGGUUCGAUGCCUGGUGGAAGAGGAAGCCAUUCCGCUUUUUCCAGCGUCCGGGGAAGGAAGACAUGAGUGAAUCAGAGAUGCAGGUUGGGAAGGAGUUCGCAGAUGACUGA